AUGUGGCCCAUCCCCGACACCCAACGACUGCAAGGCUAUCCCGACGCGGAGGCGGAGGACUUUGACGACCUUGCGGACGGUUCCAUCCUGGCUGAUGUUUUGCAGCUCUAUGCGCCGGCCGUUGACCCCUCCAACAGCGCAGCAGGGAGCGCCAAGCUGCUCCAUGGCUGUCUCACUGCUUACUUCGGCUCUCGGGUGGCUUUGCCCAGGCUGGCUGGCAACAUGCACAACGGGACCUUCUGCAAGCCCGGCCUCCUUCGAGCACUUUCUGAAGCAGUCAUGCUGGCAGCCGUGGAGGGCCCGCGCAAGGAGGAGGCAAUCCAAGCCAUCAUGAACUUGGAGGAGCCCCAGCAGCUGGCACUGGGCGCCGCACUCCAGCGUUUGGUGGCAGACGCACCAGAGCAAGCAGAUCAGAAAGGCUCUCUGUCCAGACAGGGCACAGACGCGUCCCUGACUGAUUCUGGACCUCCAACGCCCAGAGAUCAGUCAGUGUACAAGUCUGAAGCCGACAUUUUACAAGAUCAGUUGCAGGAGAUGAGGGACCGCCUCAACUCCGAGGAGAUGGCCUUGAGUGGUAUGGAGAGCAGCCAGAAGUCCUUGGAAGCACAACUUCGCACUGUGAUCGUGGACCACACAGCGGAGGAGGAACAGGCUGCCGAGGCAGAUGCCUUGCUCCAGAAAUGGCAGCGGAGCCAUGGCGAGGACCUGCGCCAGUUCAAGGCAGAAUGCGACUCUUUGCGUUCGGACCUCGAUCGCGAGACGGAGAACUGGCAGGACCUUCCACAGCGUGAGUCGAGAUUGCAGAAGCAGCUGAAGACGGAAGUGGAUGCCGUGCGCGACUUGCAGGACAAGAACGGCAACCUCGAAGUCGAAAUCCAGCAGGCAGCGCAAUCCAGCGCAAACGACGAUGUCUCCACGGUCAAAGCAGAAAUGAUGACGUCACAAAUGCAGCAGAACGUCGUGGAUCGCCUCUUGCGCAAAGCAGAGAAUGAGGACAGCUUGGUAACGGUUGCCGUGACAGGCCCCUCGGCCCUCGGGCUCUGCUCGGUGUCAAGCUCUCGUGAGGAGAAAGAGGAGAGUCGCCUUGCUGGGGCCUUUUCUCCUCUCUUCGUCGUGUACUCUCUUCCUUUCGAUGCUGCUUUCCACAUCGCAAGGCCAAAUCGCUCUGGGAAGCCUUCCACAUUGCAGAGGUACCUGCUCGAAAUCAUCCUGGGGAUGCCAAGCAUAGAUGUCAGCUGA